ACUCUUAUCAUGCUCAUCAUGUGUGAGAAAGGAGGCCAACUACUUUGAAGAGACUCAGAACUUACAGAAGGAGAAUUUCGUUUGGACCACGCUCUGGUUGUCCUGUGCUCUGCCGCAUUUUGGCUGGUAGAACGCUGAGUAAUGCCCCAGCACCGCCGUCAAGAUGAUAGAUAGUCUUUUUAUGAUUAACGAGACUGGGGAUGUGUUUAUGGAAAAACACUGGAAGAGUGUAGUCAGCCGAAAUGUGUGCGACUACUUCUUUGAGGCCCAAAACAAGGCAGCUGCUCCGGAAGACGUGCCACCCGUCAUCUCCACUCCACAUUUCUACUUGAUUAGUGUCUACAAGAACCGUGUUUUCUUUGUUGCGGCUAUUAGUCAAGAAGUUCCUCCUUUGUUCGUCAUUGAAUUCCUUCACCGGAUAAUGGACACUUUCAAGGAGUACUUUGGUGGCUGCAACGAGUUGGAAAUCAAGGACAACUUUGUGAUUGUAUAUGAGCUGCUGGAGGAGAUGCUUGAUAAUGGAUUCCCAUUGGCAACUGAGCUCAACGUUCUGAAGGAAAUGAUUCGUCCGCCAAGCAUGCUCCGUUCUGCUGUGGACUCAGUGACAGGAGGUUCUCAUGUGUCUUCAACCCUGCCCACUGGGCAGCUGAGUAAUGUACCGUGGAGACGAGUGGGUGUCAAGUAUGCGAACAAUGAGGUGUACUUUGACUUAAUCGAAGAGGUGCAUUGCAUUGUCGACAAGACAGGAACAACUAUCUUCGCUGAAAUUCAAGGAUCGGUUGAAGUCUGCUGCAAGCUGUCUGGUAUGCCCGACUUGACCUUAUCAUUCGUCAAUCCUAGGAUCCUUGAUGAUGUUAGCUUCCACCCAUGUGUACGAUUCCGACGCUGGGAGGCUGAACGUGUCUUAUCGUUUGUCCCGCCGGAUGGAAAUUUCCGUUUGAUGUCAUACCAUAUCACAGCUCAGAAUAUUGUUGCACUACCCAUCUACGUCAAGCCAUCCUUCUCAUUUAAAGAGGGACAGAGUGGACGAAUUGAACUGACCGUCGGUCCCAAGCAAACAAUGGGCCAUGUGGUGGAGGAUGUUGUCGUUGAGGUGAUAAUGCCCAAAGCUGUACAAAGUCUGAGCAUGCACUUGGCUGGUGCAGGCGGACCCCACACGUACGAUCCAGUCAGCAAAGUUCUGCGGUGGGAAGUGGGCAAGAUUCAGCUGCAUCGCCCAGUGGCUACCUUAUCCGGAUCGGCCACGAUGCAGACAGGUUCCGCUGCGCCGGAUAGCAACCCGACCACGACGGUUCAGUUCAACUUACCCUCUGUUGCCGUGUCCGGGCUGAAGGUGAACCGCUUGGAUCUCUAUGGAGAGAAAUACAAGCCGUUCAAGGGAGUCAAGUACAUCACCCGUGCUGGCAAGUACCAGAUACGGGCGUAGCCAAUGCUAACCUGUUAUUAAUUCUGGCCCCUUGCUGUGUGCCACAUAUUGCCAUACUGCUUCCGUGUUUGCCCAUAAUACGCAUGACAACACUAUCAUUAAUAAAAGUUGCUAUCAAAGCUAAGAAGUCCCAAAUAUAUUUUGCUCUUGGCUUGCAUGAAACAAGAUUUCGGAGAAAAGCUCCCAUCACUCUGUGUGUUACACACUAGCAUGAAUUCAGCAUAAUUCUUUUAUUCUUUUGUUGUAUUUUGCAUAUUAGUACAUUACUACUAUUAUUAUUAUAUCACUAUGAUACCCUGCGCCUGUGGCAAUGAGACUUUUGGUGAGAGUCUUUUAUUUCGCAAUGCGCAUAUUGUUUGUUUGUUUGUUUUUCCAUUCACUGACCAUGUACUGAACUAUUGAUGCAGCCCUGUGUGCAUCGAUCGCUAACAGUUACUUACCGCCACGUGUAGAUACGUCUACUGUAUCUCUCCCUUGUUUCUAACUUAGUGACUAUGUAGGACACUCACUUUCUUACCGCAUUGAACCAUGAUAGGCGCCCAGAUCUUACCGAGCCAUCUCUUGACGUUCUUAGGUAGUUGUAGGGUGCAUAGUCCGCAAGCAUGUGCAUUAUUGUGCAGCAGUGGCAGCAGCAGCUGUCAUUGUACCUUCUCACAGCAUUCUUAUAACUGUUGUGUAAGCACAUGCCAUAAAACUAUCUCAUCCCUUUUUUCAA